UUGUUGUUCGAUUAUUGUGUUGCGAACAACGGAGCAAGACAAACGCCUCUUGUUGAUGUUUCUGCCUCAAAGGUUGGUUGGCUGGCUGCCUGCCGGGUUGGUAGUCUGCUGACUGUUUUGCUAUUUUACGGUAACUACCAUCAGUCGCAUUUCGAUGGUCGGUCGGUCGGUCGAUUGGUUGAUGUGCUGUUGUUGUUGGCUUGUUUUGUCUUCUCUUGUCUGUCGUGUUUAUAUAAACAAAAGCGAUGAUUUAUUUAAUGUUAAUCGUUAACAAGCGCCUUCAACAAACGGAAGACAAUACUCUCUCACGCAUCGAGGUUGUAAUUUUGCAAAAUAGUUACAGAAGCAGCAACCUUUCGGCAAAAUAACUAAACAAACGAAACGAGAGCAGAGAAAUAAAUCAUUUAUGUUUCGGUAUUAUUAAAAUAUAAAGCUUUUGACAUGAAAUUUGAGGCGCGAAAAUGAUGACUGUGGCAAAUCAACAAGUGAAUUAAACAAAAAAAAAAUAAUAAUAAUAACAUUUGAAUAUAGGCUAAACGAGAGAAGAAAGAAAGAAAUCGAAAACCAAUCAAACAAAUAUCAAAAGAAAAUAUUUGUGCAAAUGUGUUUUAGCAUCCAUCCUGUCCAAUGAAUACAACAUCGCCGAAAUCGUCGUUGGCUAAACUUGGUAUUCAUACCAAACAGAAAUCGCUGAAGGUCAUGGUUUUGGGUCAAAGUGGAGUGGGCAAAACCGCCAUGGUUGUACGUUUCAUAACCCGCCGUUAUAUUGGAGAAUACGAUCCGAAUUUGGAGAAAGUUUACACAUUCAACACGACCUUAGAUAAUGAUUAUGUACAAUUCGAUAUCCUGGAUGCUACGGGACAACAAAAUGAAAACGAUUGCAGUAACUUGGAAUCGAACAUACGCUGGGCUGAUGCCUUCAUUUUGAUGUACUCCGUCACCGACAAGUGCAGUUUCGAUGAAUGCAAUCGGCUGAAGUUUCUCAUCAACUACAACAAGAAGCGGCGUAAAUUGGGCUCAAACAACAAAGACUAUAUGUCGGAUGUUCCGGUGAUAUUGGUGGGCAAUAAAAACGAUCAAACUGGCGACCGCAUGGUCAGUGUAGAGGAGGGUCAAAGAAGAUUUCGUGAAUUAUCCUGUGCCUGCUUCCAUGAGAUCUCGGUUAGGGAAAGUGUCGAUCAGGUGCAAGAUGUAUUUCGAGAUGUAUUCCGGUUUUGGCGUGUAUCCAGUAAAAAUCCCAAACUCAAACGUUCCACAAGUGAUGUUCAAAACGAGGCCAUUAGUCCCGAUUCCGGUUGUUCAUUUUAUGAGACAGCUUCGCUGGCCAAUGAAACAAGACGUUCCUUUUUGGUUAUCGGCAGUGCCUGCCUGGAGGAAAAUGACCAUUCCGAAUCGAAUGAUGACAUGAGAUCGAGUAGCUUGAAUAGUUCGCACAGUGAACUGGAGACACCAUUCCGUAGCCGGGCCUCAACCGAUGGCACUUUAUUGUCGAGACCUCGUCGCUGGCGCUAUCCACCACCAGGUUGUCUUCUACCCCACACAAAUCGUGUUGAACGCCGCAUGAGCAUCUCGACCCGGGGAAGUAAUGCCAGCUACUAAAUUAGCUAUCAACUGUGUAAUUGUCACCAAUGAAAACUGACUGUGUAAAUAGCUUAGGACAAAUUUGUAUUUUAUAUGUAUUUAUUUAUAUAUUGUACCAAAAGAAAAUUUAAAAAAAAACAGUGCAAAGAUAUACAGACCAACAACUACAUGAGUGUGA